CUGUUCAUACUUGUUCUCUCUUUAGUUCUUAAUCAUGUCUGCUGCUGUUAACCCCAAGGCUUUCCCUCUUGCUGAUGCUGCUUUGACCAGCACCAUUCUUGAUCUCGUUCAACAAGCCUCUCAUUACAAGCAAUUGAAGAAGGGUGCUAACGAAGCUACCAAGACCUUGAACAGAGGUAUUUCCGAAUUCAUCAUCAUGGCUGCUGAUACCGAGCCUCUUGAAAUUCUUCUUCACCUUCCUCUCCUUUGUGAAGACAAGAACGUUCCCUACGUCUUUGUUCCCUCCAAGACUGCCUUGGGUCGUGCCUGUGGCGUUUCUCGUCCUGUCAUUGCUGCCUCUGUCACCACCAACGAAGCCUCUGACUUGAAGCCUCAAAUUUUGAACAUUAAGACUCAAAUCGAAAAGCUCCUUAUCUAAAGGAUCUAAAAAAUGACAGCCUAUACAUAUAUUCUUUCUUCUUUUUUUUUCUUUAUGAUCGUCGUUGGUGCUGAGAACAUUUAUUUUAAUUUUUUGUGCGUUCAAAUGAUGCAUUGACAGUGAAAGAAAAAGUUGUAUUUUAUAAUUUCUUUCAUAGAUUCAAAAUCAUUUGUAAAUAAAUGUUUUCA